CUGCCGCGAGCUGCUCAGAAAGGUAGUCGAGCCUUCCUCUGUUUCCAUCAGAGCGCUGAAAGCCCUGAAACGAGAGUCACACAUACACACAUCCCCAUCCUUUAGUUUGGGCUCUUUUGUGUUGACACUGCCAGCCACUGAAGAAGAUGCUGAGGAGGAAAACUUCCAAUGCCUCGGAGAAGGACUCAGGACAGGUUUCAAAGAGAAAGAUCAGUCUUCAGAGGUCCAGCAGCUUCAAGGAUUUCAUGAAGCCCAAGUCUCCCAUAGCGGCCGAAGAACUUCACUGGGAUGAGCCUGAGAAUGUCACUGUGGAUGAAGCUGUGAAGAGCGGCAGCAAGCAGGGAAAGUCAUGGCGAAACGUCAUCUCCCGCACUAUGACCCGCAAGACAUCCAAGCAGGUCCAGAAGGCUCUGGCUGAGGAGGGGAAUGAGAGCUAUGAGGAGAGCACCCUAUCUCCAUCUGACUGGCUUCCCGAUCAGAGUGCUCCUCGGAACAGAACUUCCCUCUGUUCCUCGGGAUCCGAAGAGACGGUGUCAGGCCCUCCGUCCAGACAACUCUCUGCAGGCAGUGACAGACAGAGCCUGGACAGUGGCUACAGCCAGAGAGACAGCAUGAGACUGGAAGAGCAAGGGGCCUCCUACCUGGGACCCUUCUGUGGUCGCGCCCUGGUCCACACCGACUUCACCCCCAGCCCAUAUGACAUGGAGUCACUCAAACUACAAAAAGGUGACAUAAUCCAGAUCAUCGAGAAGCCCCCCAUGGGAAUCUGGACGGGGAAAUUGAACACCAAGGUGGGGUCCUUUAAGUUCAUCUACGUCAACAUCCUGCCGGAGGACAGCCCGCCGGUCCGGAGGAAGAGACCCCAGAGCAGGACAAGCCAGGCCCGGGGCAAACACCAGCAGCUGGAGGACGUCCUUGACAGGAUCGGCCUCUGUGAGCUGGGGUCUCUGUUGUCCAUGCAUGGCUUCAAGGGCAUCGAUGAUUUCGGGGGCUUGAGGGAAUGUCACCUGAACGAGUUGAACAUCACCGAUCCCGAAAAGCGCAGCAAGAUUCUGAAGGCGGUUGAGCUCCUGAGAGAGUCUGAGGCAGGAUCAGACUCUGAGGAGGAGGCGUCGGCUGAAAGCGAAAGCAAGCAAAUCCGGGACUCGGGCUGUUUCGAGAGUUCCGAGAACCUGGCGACCCUACGCGAGGAGCCGAGGACAGAGACCAAGGUUCUACAUGAGGAGACAGAGGAGGAGACUGAGCAGGAGGAGCAGACAGAGAAGCUGGAUGAGGUCCAGCAGGAGCUAGAGGACCUGACGGUGCAAUAGACACACUUAAGAGGAAGAGCACCACUUACAAACAGCUUUAGAUCCCUCAGUUCCCCAGGACGCCAGUAGGGGGUAAGAUACCACUGCAAAUGUCUUGUACAAUGGGAGAGGAACGGCUGGGAGAAUGGAAUGAGGACAGAAGUUGAAGAGACAAUGAUUUCCUGAUAUGAAGAGUAAUACUGUUGGCUACAGUUGGGGUUCAACGCACAAACAUGUAGCAAUUUGUGUUUUUUGCUUUACAAAUCGUUAACCAUGUUCACAUUUUACAUGCAGCAAUGUGUUUUUGGUUUUACAAAUCGUUAACCAUGUUCACAUUUUGCCUUAAGUAGGCCUAUAGCUGUUCAUCUAUCAUGGAUCAAAAUUGCUGAGUUAGGAUAAAUGAACGGUUACUGAUUAUUACGUUAUGCAAGUAUUAUGCUUUAUGGAAAUAAUGCUUAACAAUGAUAGUUGCGUAUUAAUGUGUAAUGUGUGUUAUGUGAAACAUAAACAAAAAAAAGUGAAAAGAAUGCAGUUUGACACGGUGUAAAUGGUAAGCAUCAAAGUUUCAUAUCUAUUUUUGCUAUAAUGACUAGUUAGCCUGAAAUCCAAUCAGUUGGUUGUUACUUUUUCACUUUGUAUAUAUUAAGAGUUUGACUUUGUUGUACAUAGAAUUUAAAUAAAAGUUUUGAAUGGUUGCUUGUAUCGUGACAUGACCUCAGAUUACACAGAAAAAAAAAAUAUAUAACCUAAAGUCAACAAACACAAUUAAUAAGACAAUAAUUUUUAUUUACCAGACACGUCAAUCAUGUAAAAACAAGUGAAGGGAAUUUAAUUAAAUACUUAUUAAUCACAGUGUUAUCAACUAAACAAGGGCAACAUAAAUAGGAAUUCCAUAAAUGGCAUAGUACAGUAUUGAUAUACAUGAUGCUUGGGUUAUAGAUUGAUCACAUCGUUCGGAUCCGACUAAUGUUAUCAUGGAAAUGAUACAAACGAUGAGCAAACGCUGACUUACCUCAAGCGACUAUCGGCCGCAUUCUGGUUGUUUAAAAUUAUUUGCAAAACACAUCGAGCCAAUGUGUUCUCAUCUAAAAGCCUCAGUCGUUUUUCCCGUUAAAAACAUCCUACACUUCAUUUCAACAUUAAUGACACAAAAUGACAUGAUAUGAAAUCACCCAUGAAUAACCAAUCAUAUACAUUCUUGCUUCUCGGUGCCUCAGAGCCUUCCGAGUCAUUCAGAGCAAUAAACUACACCGAGAGUGUCCAUGGAUACAUCGUCAAAUUUGGUUUAUCCCAAAUGAAACUGACGUAAAUUUAACGAUUUGGUGUUAGUGCCGUUUUACAUUGAUCAUGAAAAUGCAUCUCAAUGGAAAAUAUAUAUAUUAGGGAGUCUUUCAAACUAAAAAGGUCAGCAUUUACUGUUAUACAUUUACAGAAACGAUGCGCUUGGCAUGUUCACAAUAAUUCUCUUAGGAGCUCACAUAACUUGAUUAUACCGUUCAAUAUAUCAGAUCAUCACAACUCAUUUAAUCCUACAGAUGGUAUACCUUAAGUGCUGUUGUAUUGAACGACUCAUUCAUCAUCUCCGGAUCUAAAUCAAGAAUAAUACUGAUGUUAAAAAUCAAAUAUCUAUACAGUUAUAUUUCAGAAACGUCUUGCAUUGCAUACAGCACGAUGACACGAAUACAUACUAGCAUCACACAUCCCUUUAACAUAAAGAGCCUCUCCCUAUUUUGGCUUAUCAUCAUUAAAACAAAAUGACAUUCAGGCCUUGUUUUAAAAAAAAAAAAACCGCUGUGUUUCCACAGCUGUUACAAUUCAGAGGUGGUUAAAACUGUGGUGCAGUAAUGUGUGACUAACUCCAUCAUAUGCCUUAAUCCAUGUGAUAAUGAGCCAGUGACUUCAGAAGUAGCAGACUAGACUGCUGCACAGACCAACAGUCACAGCCAAAACUGUAGACGUGACUAUAAAGAGUAGAGAGAGAGAGAGAGAGAUGUGUUUCAAAUAAAUACAAUAAAAAUAAUUGCGUUGUUUUGUUUUUGAACAAGGAAUGGACAGUAAGUAAAAGAAAAGCUCUUGAUUCCCUUUAAAUAAGUGAGACUUGAUCUGCAGAGCCUGAUCCCCGACUACACUCUUGUUCGCCCUUACUCGGAGACUAGAGGAAAAUCUCCCUCUUUGCCAUCGGGGCACAUUUCCGCAUUUUUCCCCACUUCCCAUCCUGUCUGAUUGGGAGAGUUUGGAAAAUGUUGACCGUAAUCAUCAUCAUCAUCAUCCUCAUCGUUACUUCAGAGCACGAGGGUGUGUCGGCCGGUUUACCCUGUAGUACAUCGGCGCUGUUGCCAUGGAUACGACAACGUGUUUAUGUUAAGGCACUGUUACUGAUGACUUUAGUACUGCGACUUAUCAACAGCAACCUGGCCUGCGCUCUCGCAUACCCAAAGCGAACACUGUGACCGUUCAGAUGUCAGCGCUGGACGUGAGCAACAUUGCACAACCACGACAUAGCAACGGCAUCACUCCCCUUGACAUGUAUAUAAAAAUGGAAAGACGGCAGUCAACGUUAAAUCGGAAAGAAAAUCCAAAAUUUGAGAAUAACAGUAGUAAUUGCAGCAAUACCAGAUUACAAAGUACGAUUGAUCUAGAAGGGACGUUCACUGAGAUAUUUCUCGGUAUCUCAGUUCAGACCCCCCCCAUUACUAGACAUCAUCAUAGUGCACAGACAGACUUAUGUUUACUCGUGUAGGUGCACAACUGGACUCUACACUUAUAACUAAUCACAGAGCAACUAUUAAAACCAUGGAUUGCAUAGGGUAGGUUCUGUGUGCACUGGGGGAGAAAAACAAGGACGGGGAUGAAUGUAUGGCGGUUAAUGAUGUACACGUGUCCAGGGAAGAAACAUUGUCUUGGGAGACACUUGCAAUCCUAAGAGAGUAUAUUGGAACUGGCCUUGUACAAUAGGAGUCAUCACAGCUAUAAUAAAUAAAGUAUCAUUGACAAUCAUCAGAGUAAACCCAUAGACAACGUGUGGACACGGUUGUACACUUGUAUUAUUUUCUUCUUUUUCUUUUUUUUUUUUAAGUUCAAGUUCCAAGAGUGUUCUACCUAUGUCUUUUCCAUGCAAUGCUCAAGGGACCUAAGGAAGAGUCUGAGUUUUUUUCCCUGUUAUAUUACACACACACACACACACACACACACACACACACACACACACACACACACACACACACACACACACACACACACACACACACACACACACACACACACACACACACACACACACACACACACACACACACACCUCCCCCCGACCGACACACUGAGCGAUACA